GUGACAUUGCAAGUUUUUAUCUAAUCGUCCGUUGAACCUUCAAUUAAUAAAAAACAUUAGACAAAAAGUCAGAUAUUUCGAUGAGUACGGGUACAUGUACAGUAGUUAUUAAAGUGACGUGCAAGGAACCGCAGAAAGUAACAAAGUAAAAUCCAAAACAAAAUGCUGUUCGCAAUACUAUUGAGCGUCGUGGUCGUACUUUGCUCAUUCCACUAUUACAUUCGGUAUCGAAGGAUUGGAAAAUAUGUUAGUAAAUUACCUGGACCAAGAGCCUGGCCACUAAUUGGCAAUCUUUUAACGUUCCUAGUGCCGCAGGAUCAAUUGUGGUACUUGGUAAGAAAAAUGGGCGAUAAUUAUUACCCGAUUUAUAAAUUCUGGACACUUACGGAGGCUAUCAUAAACCUACGUCAUCCAGAUGAUGUUGAGGUAUUGUUAACGAGUACGCAAAAUAUAUCGAAGAGUCGUAUUUAUGAAUUGCUUGAACCAUGGUUCAGAACAGGAUUGCUUACAAGUACAGGGGAAAAAUGGCGCCGCAGGCGGAAAAUUUUGACACCUGCUUUCCAUUUCACUGUACUGCAACAAUAUUUGGAAAUUAUCAAUGAAAAUGAUGAAAGAAUCGUAAAACAACUGAGGGCAGAAGGAGAAUCUGUUCAAAAUAUUUUACCGAUCGUAUCGAACUAUACUUUAAACGUCAUUUGUGAAACAGCAAUGGGAACAUCCCUAGAAGGGAAAAAAGAAUUUCAAGUAAAAUAUAGAAAUGCCGUUCGUCUCAUGGGGGAAAUACUGUUUCACAGAUUAACGAAGCCAUGGCUUAAACCAGAUCGAUUAUUCGCUUGGUUCGAGAAGAGUCGUCAGCAAAAGGAAGCAUUGAAAAUUUUACAUGGAUUCACUUCGCAGAUUAUAAACGAAAGAGAGGAAUACCACAGGAAGACCGGAAAUAAAUUUUUAGAAAAAGUGAACGAUUCCGCUACGGACGAUGAGGGAUCUUCAAGCGAAGAAGUUUUCGGAAUUAAAAAAAAGCGUUUGGCAAUGUUGGAUCUUUUGAUAGCUGCCCAUCACGACGGCCUAAUCGAUAAGCAAGGAAUAAACGAGGAAGUGGAUACUUUUAUGUUUGAGGGGCAUGACACUUCGGCAAUGGGGAUUUGCUUCGCUUUGUUGUUACUUGCGGAGCACAAGGAUGUCCAGGAACGUGCCCGAGCGGAAGUCAAUCAAGUCCUUUCCGAAUCAAGUGGCGCGAUAAGUGUAACGACAAUUCAACGUUUGAAUUAUCUUGACAGAUGCGUAAAAGAAUCUCUACGCCUUUACCCUAGUGUGCCGUUUAUAUCGCGAAUUAUUACUCACGACAUGCAGCUUAAGAAUUAUUUGAUUCCGAAAGAUACGAUUGCACACUUGCAUGUUUAUGAUACUCAUCGAGAUCCAAACUUUUGGCCGGAACCAAAUAAGUUUGAUCCUGACAGAUUUUUACCUGAACGGAUACAAAAGCGACAUCCGUUCUCUUACAUUCCAUUCAGCGCUGGCCCACGUAACUGCAUCGGUCAAAAAUUUGCUAUGAUGGAGCUGAAAGCUGUGAUUGCUCAUUUACUUCACAAUUUUUAUUUAGAACCUGUUGAUCUCGCACACGAAAUACCCAUCAUUACCGAUUUAGUCAUUCGUCCAUCUCGACCGAUUUAUAUGAAGUUUGUGUCUAUUCAGAAGGACGAAUGACGAAGUAAAGGGUU